AUGACAAGCUUAAAUACAGCUCCAAUAGUGAAUCCUUCAAUAUCCGUUGAACCGUCUAAGAAACUAACAGAAUAUAUUAGAAACAUAAAAGUUGUAGAAGAUUUACCAAUAGGAUUAAGUACUAUAAUUUUUAAGAAUAAACCUAAACCUUCAUCAAGAUCUUCACCUAAAGUUCACCAUUUGAUUACAGAAGAAGAUGAAAAAUAUAUAAAAUCGCUUAGUACAGCUCCGAUAAGAAAUACUACUGCAGAUUUGCCUUUAACAAAAACCUCUAGCAGUUACAAUAAAUUGCUAUCUUUAGAGGACUUACAUUGGUUGUAUAACUACCUUAAGAUGCAAAAUAAAGAAAAAGAUGAUAAAGUAUAUCUGCAUGAGUUACUAGAAGGUUCUAACAUUAUUUUACCACAGAAUAAAGAAAUACCUAGGAAUGAAGAAUUAGAAAAAAGGUGUAACCAGCUGAAAGCGGAACAAGAAAAUUUGAAAUAUUUCAAAAUGACAAAGAAUGUUGACAGUAAAAGGAAUAUUCAUCCUGAAGACACUAUUGGCUAUCAAUGUUUAAAUUCAAAUAUAGAAUGCAUUGAAGAUGAUACUAUUGUUUCUGGAGGUCCUAUAGCAAGGAUCACUUGUACAAAGUGCAUGAUAAUGUGAAACAGAUGAAUCGUCAUAUGAUUGCAAUCUUCCAGUUCGUCAUGUCGGUAGCAGCAGGCUUUGUAUUUGGCUUUUUUGGAUUGGAGCUCCUUGUGGGAAAUUUAGACUUUGGGUUCAGACUCUUGAUGGGUAUAAUAUGUUCUCUAACAAUAGCUUUAGCAGAGUUAUACUUCUUGGCUAAAAAAUUGAAUGAAGAUUUACAAUUUGAGUCUAUCAGUGAGAAAGAAAACAAGAAAGGGAUAAAAUUGGAUUAGAUCUAGUGUAUAAUUUUAUAGAAAAGCUUAUUUUAAUUGAGGUAAAUCAUGAAAAUAGUAAUUUUUGAUAGUGACACUAUUUAAAAAAAUAAUGUGGAAAUUAAGGUGAUUUUCAAAUUGAGAAACUGUUUACUACUAAUACUAACACUUACGGCUAGAUUAGAUUCUAUGGAAGGCUUGAAGGACCUAAGAAUGUAGUAAUAAACAGUGUAUUCAGUUUGUAAGAUCAAGUAGUGUUUCACUAAGAUGGAAUUUCUCGAAUAGUUGGUGAUUGAUUUUUAUACUAAAAACAGGGUAUCACUACUCUUACACUCACAAUUACACUAUUUAGAGCCGAAUUUGAGAGUAUGGAAAGCUCGAAGGACCAGAAAAUGUAAUUGUAAUCGUUGUUGCUGUAAUGUUCAGUAUAAAUUAUGAAAUUUUUAGCAAACUCAUUUUUUAAAUCUUUUUUUUAUUACAUAUAAAGUUAUAUAUAUAUAUAUAUAUAUAUAUAUAUAUAUAUAUCCCCUGCAUAGAUUACUUCAAUUAUAUUUUUUAAAUUAAUUUUACACAAUAUUCCUACUUGAAUUCAGUAGUUCAAAUGAAGUUUUUUGUAAAAAUGUCCUUGCAAUAUACUGGGAUUUCAAAAAUUGCUGAAAGUAAAAUUAUUUUUCCCUUUACUUCACUAGCCUAUGAGUAAGGUUUUAACUUGGACUAAUUUCACUUUACAUCACUUUUAAGCCUCUUUCUAGAUUAGGGGCUGGAAUUUGAGUAGCUUGCUAUUCCCUACUGAAGCAUCCCAUAAAUCCAUACUGGUUUAACUAUUAUUUUUUCCACUAGCAAAUUAUAUACAUUUUAUCUAAUAAUUAUUCAAUGAAAUUGUUGUGAUUUUAAACAUAUUUGUUUUCUCUUGUUCAAUAUAUGUUUUUUCUCAUUAAUCAUUUGUCCAAAUGUAUUUUCUAUACUGUCUUCUUGAAGUAUUUCAUGGUAAAAAUCACAAGGACAGUUUUCCACUACUUGAGUCACUUUUUUUCUAGGUUGAAACUAUUAAAAAAAAUCAAUCAUUUUGCAAAAUUUUUAUUUAUUUUUUUCGCCAACUAUUAUUUAUUUGAGUAUGCCUUCCGUUGCCGGACCGAACGGUACCGUGUGAACGAACCUUAAACCACCAUUUUAUAAUGCAAUUGAACAUUAAUUUUUGUGUCUAUUAUUUAUUUGCGACCAUUUACAUUAUUAUAACAUUAUAUAUUAUUGUUAUUAGUUUUUGUUUGUUAUACUUUUGUUUUAUGCUUAAAUAAUGAAAAUACAAUAAAAACAAA